GAAGCUCUAUGAGCUUCCUUUUAUUUAUACCAAAUAAGGUACAUGUUGUUUUCACUUCCUUUUCUAGAUUUCUACAUAUGCAGUGAGAACAGCUUUUCCAAGGAGCCAUUUAUGACCAUUAAAUACUGGAGAUAUGUGCAUGCCAUUUAAUAAAGCACUCUGACAGCUUCCAACUAUGUCAACACACAUUGAACAGUGAGGAGACAUGGAAGCUGUGCUUGGCUUGAUGGUGAUUCUACUGGGAGUGCCUCAUGUUCCAGGUGUGGAAACUUACUGUGAUGGCAGACAGGAUGGAGCUCAGUGUUAUGGAGCUUUGGGAGGAACCGUGGACAUCCAGCUGAUGGACAACACCUCAGAAAUAUCUAGAUACCAAGUGUUAAAUAAUUCAUUAAAAAUACUAGAUGUGAGAAAGAAUAAGGUUAUUUCUAAUACCAUAGAACAUAGAUCUCUUUUUCCCAGUAAUGGAACAUUUAGGAUCAAUAACCUGAGUAGGUCAGACAGUGGUAAUUAUACCCUUCAAACCUUUGAUUCAGAUGGAAGAUCAUCAGGCGAGCGGACUUUACAGUUGUUUAUUCAAGCUCCUGUGUCCUCUGUCCUGCUGCUCUCUGAGUGUCUGUCCCUGGGAGAGAGGAGGGUGUCCUGCUCCUUUGAGGGAGGGGACAGUCCUCAGUACAGCUGGACUCUGGAUGGACGCACACUGACAGAUGCUGAGCUCCUUUCUGGAAAUAAUGAGACUAACAUCAUCACUCUGAAACAGAACGUCUCAGGACGUCUGGUCUGCUCAGUCAGGAACAACGUCAGUAAUGUCUCCAAAGAAGAGAGGAUAUCUACCUGUGGGUUCAUUUUUAUUAACUGCACCACAGUCAAUGGGACAAUGAUAUCGGGGUGGCUGCAUAAAGACAGUAACACCCUGUGUGUUGAACCAGCACAGAUUUUUAAGGGAAAUUUGCCACUAAUUGGUGUUCUCACGACGCUCAUCAUUUUCUUACUUGUGGGUAUAGCAGUCAUCUGUGCUCAGCGGAAAAAGAAAAACAGCAAACCUAAAAAACAAAAAGAGGAAGAAGACGACGAGGAAGAAAUCUUUGCUGAUAUCAGGGUUGUGAAACGGCAGGCGAAACAACUGGAGAGAAGAGCUGAGCUAGAGUUUGGCAAAGUCAAGUAUUCAAAGCGACCUCGGCAGAUGGAACCAACAGGAAAUGCUUGUUUGUAUGCCAACGUCCAUAAAGCCAUGUAAUUUAAUUGGUCAGUGCUUACACACAGACUGCACAGCUGAAAGCUGAUGGAGUGAGAAGCUGCUGUCAAGAUGUCUAACUGUUUUUCGUUAAAUGUGAUUUCCCAUCAGAAAAAUAUAAUAUAUACUAUCAAAGGUAAUGCUUACUGAUAUAAAGGUUUAUUUUACUUUCAUUGCACUUCCAAUCUCUUGAUUUAGUAUGUUGCACAAAUACUGUGAGUGUUUUCUGCAUAUAUUCUGUGGAAGCUCUCAUAGAACAUUGUUAUUUAGGAGGGUUGAUCCAAGAUGGCGCCAGUGUGCUUGGCACGCCGUCCUCCUGGGCCCUCUACUGUUUGGAGUAUCAGAUCUCCUACCACUGUUAUGAUGACAACAUUCAAAUCCAUUUCCAAUUGUCUGAUGACCUGCCAGCUUCAUUGAAUCGUUUGUCUGACUGCCUGAGAGAGUUCACAGAGUGGCUGUCAGCCAAUUCUCUCAUUUUAAAUGAGAAGAAAACUGAGAUUAUGGUGUUUGAUAGUCACACUCCACGAGAUCAGCUAGCUGCCCGAUUUGGUCCCUUUGCUUGCUUCUUACCGAUACUGUAAGUAAUCUAGGUGUUUUCCUGGAUAGUUCAUUUAAACUGGAUAAACAUGUUUCCUUUGUGGUUAAAUCUGGCUUCUUCCAAUUGUGCCAAAUUUCCAAGGUCUAAUACCGUUCAAAGAUCUUGAAAAACUUAUACAUGCCUUUGUGACCUCCAGAUUAGAUUAUUGUAACUCUCUCUACUCUGGACUCCAACUCGCUCACCCCCAACGGUUACAGCUUGUUCAGAAUGCUGCGGCUCGUCUUCUAACCGGAACUAGAAAGUUUGCCUCCAUUACUCCAGUGCUCUCUGACUUACAUUGGCUGCCUAUUAAAUUUCGUAUUGAUUUUAAAGUUCUGCUGCUUACUUUCAAAUGCCUAAAUAACCUUGCGCCUGACUAUCUCACCAACCUCCUCAGUCUUUAUACUCCCAGCCGUUCUUUACGAUCAUCUGGUCAGUUACUUCUGGCCCAGCCCAGGCACCGUCUGAAGACUAGGGGUGAUCGUGCUAUUGCCUCUGUAGCACCAAACCUCUGGAACAGUCUUCCUGCUACCAUUCGUGCUUCUGACUCCAUUCAAUCCUUUAAAGCACCCUUGAAAACUUACCUAUUCAACCUGGCUUUUCUGACUUGCUAAUUCUCACCGCUCACUAACUGCUGUAUCGUUACUCAUUUCUCUGGAUUAUCAUGAAUUCUCCCUAUCCCUACUUACUAAUGCCUUUGUUUGUUUCUCUAUUUUAACCUUGUUUUAAUGACUUACUGUUCAGUGUAAUCAUUUUACUGUUUAUUCCUUACUGUGAAGCACUUUGGUGUACCCCCUGAAUUUAAACAUGCUAUAUAAAUAAAAUUGUAUUGUAUUGUAUUUUUCUCUUUCCAUUUGAAUUUGACUUGUUUUUGACUUGGUAGAAGUUGGACCAGAUCAUCCAAUUCAAUUCAGUUUUAUUUAUAUAGCAUCAAAUUACAACAUGUUGCCUCAAGGAGCUUUAUAUCAUAUGGUAAAGAGUACAAUAAUACUAGAAUCCUUAAAAUAGAAAUAAAUAAAGUAAAAAGGCUGAGCUUUCGGAUGUUUAUAAGACAUCCAGAUAUCAACAAUUCACCUUUAGUUGGCAAAUGUCCUCAUUAAAGACACUGAUGUUCAAAUAACAUAAAGGAUCGGUGUGAGUCACUUUUUCAUCUAACCAUGUUUCAAAUUGCUGCAAGUUGGAUUUUACUUGGAUUUGGCCACUGAUAUUAGUAAACCGAGGGACACUUUCAGCCUCGGAACAGGGGGAUUGUUAAUCUGCUGUUCUGCUGUUGUGCACUUUUUAUAAGAUGGUUGUUAUCAAAAAAUACAUCAGAAAUUUGUUUAGCUCGUUUUGAAAGUUGUAACAGUAGUGGUGAUUGAGCUGUAUGACUUCAGUCUACCAUGAGAUGGGUGGCCAUUUAAAGAAAAAAAACCCUCAUUAUUAGUCAUCAUUAUCACAAUUACCUGGGUUUACGCACGUCUUAGAAAAAGAAGGUUGUUCACAAACUCGUGUUUUUUUUCUCUAUUCCUGUCAUGACACCAAGCUCAAUUUUUCACACCACGCUCCUUUUGUUUGCGCUCCUCUGGUGUUGCCCAGCACUUAUACCUUAACGGUUUAUGCUUUACUUGUUUUGCAUUGGUUUACUCCUGCAACCAUUUUUAUCCCAUUAUUUUCCUUAAAAUGGUGUACUUGCACAUUUUUAACAAGGACCACACUUAAUACGUCAAUAACUUCAAUCUACACUCAUUACCCUGUGAAACAGGAAAGGAAACUUCCCAUAAAACAGGAAGGGAAAAUUCAUGCUUCUUCUUUUUGAUAAAUCUAAAACUUGUGUUUACCUUGGAUGUGUGUGUGUUUGUUUCCCCGGUAAAGCAACAGAAGCAGUGCACCAACAAUAGAAGGUCGCAGGAAGUGCUGUUUAUGAUUUCCUGCAUAGAAAAUAUAAAAUGGUCACAGGGAGUAAUAAAAUUGGAUGUUUCAAAAUAGAAAGCGACCUUUCUACUUUUAUUUCAGAGUUCAGUUUUUUUUAAUUCUGGCUGAACUCAAUUCAAUUCACUUCAAUAAAAUUUUAUUAAUCCAGGUUCCAAAUCCAAGGUUGGCCCUGAAGGAAACUGGGUCUGUGUCAGUAUACAUGUGUAUGUGUGUGUGUGCGUGUGUGUGUGUUCCCUGUUCAGCUAAGAGAAAGUGGCCCUUCACCCAGUUAGGCAAAAGUCAACAAUCUUUGGUCGACGCAGGGUGGCCUUAAGGGAGGGGGAAAGAGAGUCACAACAACAGUCUUGUUAUCUAAGGGAGAAUUUUGUUAUUUCUGCCAGCUUUUGCCUUGAGCAACCAGCUGGCGCCAGGGGGGCCGCAUGAGUUGAAGAUGGUAGUUGUUUUGGUUAGAGUGAACAAACUGCAUCCAAUUUUACAGUUGGUCUAAUGUCCAUCACUGGUCACCAGGUCUCUCAAUUCCCGUUGCAGAGCCGUGAGCUUCUCCAAGAUUUUGCCCAUAUGCAUUCAAUAAACAGUCUGAACUGUUUUUUAGUCCAUUAUAGUCCUUCAAUUUGAAGUAAAUAAAAUGGACCGUAUUAUUAUUUAAUUUUCCUUUCCUUUCCUUUCCUUUCCUUUCCUUUUCCUUUAAACAAAGCUCAUCAAGGUUUAAUGGGACAUUCAAUAACAUUUGAUUUGAGGCACCAGUGUAUUGGAAAGUAAUAAAUAAAACAGUAAAAACACAACAAAAAUAAAGCAACAACCCUAGAAUGGGAAGGAGGCAAAUAAAGAUCAAAAACCUACAGGUAAAAAAAGUUAGAAUUCACGAGGCAAACAGUUAAGGUAAAGCAUGAAAUCCAAACAUGAUGAAGAAGAUAACCAUCAAGUGUUUUCAAUUGCAUUGCCACAUGUAUAUUAAAUCAAGCACCUAGCCAUGCAGUCUGCCUUUACAAACAUUUCUGAAAGAAUGGCUCAUUCUACAAAACUCAGUGAAAUGAUAAAAUAAUGCAAUGAAGAAACCUUUAAGAGCUGGGCUUGCUAGGGAAAGAGAAAUGGAUUUAAAAAAAAAACAGUA